CAGGGGUGCAGCUCCGACUCUUCCAGGUGUCUCUAAAGCCUGCUGCCACAUGGCAACGGAGGGUUUGUUGUGGCGCUAAUGCUCCCACAACCCGCCCUUAGGUGUCUGACGGGCAACCGAUUUGAGGUAGAUGAGGCGCUGUCAACUCGCCGGUGGUCGCAAGCGGAGCCAGGCCGAGCCGCCUGGCCGCAGCGGAGCAAGAGGCCGGGCCACCCCAAGCCGCGCCGCCGCUCUGCGAGCCCGGGCCGGCCCGACGGGCUACGAGCAACGCCCGGCUCCCCGAGGAUCCCGCCGGGCACUCUCGGGGCGGGGCCGGACAGCCGGGCCCCCAGCCGCGGCCGCCCCCCGCGGCCGCCCCGCAGUGGCGGGGCGGGGCCGGCACCGCCCCCGGGCCCUCCCUGUGCCGCUGGCUCCGCGGGGGACGGGCUAGCCGAACAGCCCGAAGUUCGCGGAGAGGCCCGCGCCGCGGCCAUGUGGCUGCUGUGGCUGCUGCUAGGCUCUGCGGAGAGCCAACUGUUGCCUGGGAAUAACUUCACAAAUGAAUGCAACAUUCCUGGAAACUUCAUGUGCAGUAACGGGCGCUGUAUCCCAGGGGCUUGGCAGUGUGAUGGGCUGCCAGACUGUUUUGAUGAUAGUGAUGAGAAGGAAUGCCCAAAAGCCAAAUCGAAAUGUGGUGCCACGUUCUUCCCCUGUGCUAGUGGGAUCCACUGCAUCAUUGGCCGCUUCCGGUGCAACGGCUUUGAGGACUGUCCAGAUGGCAGCGAUGAAGAAAACUGCACAGCAAAUCCCUUGCUUUGCUCUACUGCCCGAUUCCACUGUAAAAAUGGUCUUUGCAUCGAUAAAAGCUUUGUAUGCGACAGUCAAAAUAACUGUCAAGAUAACAGUGAUGAAGAAAGUUGCGAAAACCCUCAAGAAUCAGGCAGCGGCCAAGAUUACGUGACCUCGGAAAGUCAGCUGCUUUACUACCCUAGUAUUACCUACGCUAUCAUUGGUAGCUCUGUCAUUUUCGUACUUGUGGUGGCCUUUCUUGCCUUAGUCCUGCAUCACCAGCGGAAACGCAACAAUCUCAUGACCCUGCCAGUGCAUCGACUGCAGCACCCUGUCCUGCUGUCUCGGCUGGUGGUCCUUGAUCACCCGCACCACUGCAGUAUCACCUACAAUGUCAACAAUGGGAUCCAGUACAUGUCCAACCAGGCCUACCACAGGCCAGUGGACCUGGACUCUCCGCCAUCCUAUUCAGAGGCUGUGCUUGACCAAAGCAGACCACCUUGGUUUGACCUUCCUCCACCACCUUAUUGUUCUGAAUCUGAAUCCUCUAAUCAGCCAGAUCUUCCUCCUUACCGAUCUCGGACAGGAAGCUUGGUGAGCACAGACGCCCCCAUGGUAGGAAGCCAUCUGGGCACAGCCAGCAGUUGGCCAAGAGACAUCCAUGGCAGUGUGGAGGGCCACAGAACUCUUUUUGAGAGGACAUCAGAUCAAAGCUAUUCUCUGGUCAACCAUAUUGCUGACAGAGAAGUGUAGCUGCUCCAGUAUUUGGGAUGGGCAGGAAGGCAUUUGCUUUAUGAAGUCUGUAUGGGUUAAUCUGCUGGAAUUAGGUUUCAGGGGGAAUAUGCCUGAAUGAUGAUUUGAUUUGAAUCUGCACUAAGUUAAUAUUUGAAUUUAGCAUUUUGGGCUAAUCAAAGACAGAGCUGUGAGAGAUAAACCUGAAGUCACAUCAGCUCUCCACAUUUCUGUGGGCAACUUAUGGUUCAGACUAGUUGAAGGAACAUGAGUGCUAUGUCAUAGAUCUGAUGUGAUAUGUUUCUUGGACUGUUUACUGUAUAUGAUUGUAUAUAUGUGCAUAUUUAAUAUAUAGAGUUGUUACACACAGAAACUAUGCCAGAAGGACUCUUGUCUUUUCAGACUGCCUCCCAUCCUGACAACAUGUUGAGCUGUUUCUUCUUACUGCCUGGUGCCAACUGCUGAAGCACAUAAGAGGCAGUCUUACUGCCCAGUGCUAGCCCACUGGCAGUGCUCAAAUUGCAGAAAAUGUCCUACUUGACCCUUCUCUUCAUGGCCUAGAAUGUUCUCACUGUGAAUGCGAUUUUCAAAGUUUGAGCCUGUUGAGGAUGCAGCAACUCUCUAACUGAACAAAUGAGGGUAUUUUUCCCAGAUGCUUAUAUCUAGGCCGAAUUUGCAUGGGUUUUCUUAGGAACGCUGCAAAGGUUGACUUAUCUGUCAGGCUUCAAGGCUGAGUAUAGAGGCGCUGAAGCUUCUCAACAAAUCAGCACAAGACUUCUUUUCAAGUGUGGAAAAACAACAUUAUUUGAUGUGUUUAUUCUAAAAAAAACCAAAAAAAGACUCCCAACCAAACAACAAAACAAAACCUAAAACAACCUAAACCCCCCCAAACUGUUUCAGCUACAUCUUGAACACCAAAACCAGCUGGAGGCAAACACUCAUUAUGGAAAGCUUUAGCCUGAAUUACUAGUUUCAUAUAUUUGUAAAACAACUGAAAGCAGUUCAUGAAGUGAAAGGUGUUGGGCUUGUUAGCCCUGACUGUGUGUAUAUGUACAUGCAUGGAUUCACAUUUAAUACUAUGUGUAUGUAUAUAAGUAGUGUAUUGCAUAGGUUUAGUUCUACUGCACCAGUAGAGCUCUAAAACGUCAAAGUUUCACUAGUGAAUUCUCGUUUUUACAGUUUGCCAUUAUUUGUGUUCAAUUGGUUGACAUUCUAGCUUCUACAGAAAAACAGAAUUAUUUGUGUCUGGUUUGUCCUAAAUCUUGGAAUGGUCUCCUGUGAAGUGUAUUUCGGUGCACAGCGUUGAAUCACCUGUGUGAAAGCAUCUCAGAGGUAAAAGUAUUCAGAGUGGCAAGAAGGAAGAUAAACUGUGAAUUUAAAUGCCGCUGCAGUGCUGUGCUUGUGCUCAGUAUACAGAAAACAAUGCAGUCUUCCUUUUGUCCUGAGGGAAAUUGGACUUCAAAACUUAUUUGCAUUUGUCUUAAUGGACACAUCGCACACACCUUCUUCUGUGUAAUGAACAGUGCCAUUAAACAGACUUUGCUGUUUAAUGGAAAUGAAGGAAGAUGCCUGCCCACAUAUUCUGCUUUCUUACUUCUCAUCCUUCUAAGGCAACUUCUUUUCCCCAAAGGUUAUAUGUUGGUAUUUUUUUCAUUUCCAGCUCUGGCGUCUGCUGCUAUGGUAUGUAAAAGGCAGAGGCCAGAUGGAUUUACAAGCAGAGAUCAUUCCAGAACUGAGAGGACACCAUGGAGAGCACUGGAGAAAUAUAAUGCUUGUGGGCUUGGCUGACUUUGUAAGCAGAUUAAUUCAUUACAGGCUUAGGCAGCCUGUCUAGAAGAGCAUUGUUGAAGAUGCUCCUAGAUCCUUGUAAAGCCAUGUAUGUGACUGAUUGAAAUUUUGUUCUUGCUGGGAGCUCAAGCAAUGUAGUUAUGCUAUCCUUCACAAAGCAGGACUUGCCUAAUUAAUGUCUCUAUCUGACUUGAUAGGCAGCCUCUUGUCACAUACCAGAUAGUUAUUCUUCAUCUUGCAAGUAGUUUAAACUCUGAUACAUAGCUGAGGUAAUACUAAAAGUGGGUGCGGGGGUGUCUCCUGUGAGUGCUGGGCCCUGCUGUCUCUCAUGCCUUUUGUUAAGGUUUGCUCAGCCUCUGUAAGAGAGCUAUGUAAUGCUAUAUUAGAAUUAGCCCUAAUGUUUUUCUGUUACAGUUUUUAAAACAUUAUAUUGGACUUUAAAAUAUACUAUUGAAGAGUUUGCAGUAGUUUUGUUAGAUUUAGACUUCUUUUUAAUUUCAAAGUUACCUAAAGCUGUAUUAGUGAAAAUAAAUAAUUGUGUCUCAUGUAACUUACAUUGUACAUAUAUCUGACACAAGCUUUUCAUGGGGAACUGCAUUUCACUUAUAUUGUAAGACACUAGGUUUUGUACAACCCAAAUAUUAUUUGCCUAUGGCAUCUGAAAAGCAUUGUCUUGCAUUGCGAAGAAGUAGCAAAAAAGUGGGCAUAGCCCGAUUCUUCUGCCUUUUGUCAGUCACAGUCGUAUAUGUACAUACACAUAUAUUAAAACAAAGAUACUUUCAGGUUGUAUAUAUUCUUGGAACUUUUGCAUUAAGAUAAUCCAUUGGACUUUAUGAAAAAGAGGGAAAAAACAAGAUGUUCUACAUGGUGUGACAUUUUCUCUUGCAGCUAAGGAUGUAUUUAUCUUUGUGUAAGAAUCUUUUAGUUUUUGAGAACACAGGUCACAAAAGGAGAUUGUGCCUUUCUGAUUGAACGUUGAUUUGGGAGUCUGUUAGCUACGUUUCAGGGUGUUGUUACAUACCAUUGUCUAGAGAUCCAAAAAAGAAAGAAGCCUUGUCUUCCUCUUUGUUGUUACAUAUGGGUACCACUGAACUUUGAGGAGUAGCAAAGUUCAGUGUCUUGUUCGAAAAAGGCAUGCUAAAACUUUAAGGAACGGUUUCAUCCUACUCUACUUUUCUGGUUUGUAGAACAGAUUUGCUAGCUGAUUUCUUUGGAAAUUGCUGUAGUGUCACACAAAAUUGCUUAUAACGUGUCACUUCUAGUAGUGUUAAUGUAGCAUACUGGAUUAUUCAGUGGAAUCUUUGGAAAAGUAUGGUAGCAGCAACCGCACUGAUGAAAUUGAAUAUUUCAUUGAAAAUCCUGCAGCUUGUAAGGCUGAAAUUAAAUGUUCAUGAAAUACCCUUUGGUAGGAUUUCUUUUCAGUAGCCAGUAAAAUUGGAAUUAAUCAUUCUGUUGUUCGCAAGUACUUUUAACUUUUUAGUUUAAGGUUAAUCCUCUGGAAGCUUUUUUUAUCCUUCAAUGUUUAAACAAUUUUAUGUUAUUUCAAAGACCUAUUCUUACAAAAGUAAUGCCAGUUAGUUUCCUUCCAGAGCCAGAUUCUCUUUCCACAUCUGUAUCGAAAUGGUGACCACUGUAAUGAGUAGUUCUCCUCAGUGCAGGUAUUAAUAUAUUUGAUUCCAGCAAAACAAUUUGAAGAAAUGACUACCUGAGGUUGAAUGAUGGCAUGUGGAUUAGUCUGUAUGAAAAUAAGAUUUCAGUUAGUUAAAAGUAAACAAAUAAAUUUCAGGAGAUUUUAGUCUGUAAGCUCACCUGAAGUCAGUGCUGUAUAUUUAACAUUAGACAUUAGUGAGUCUGUUUGAUAAUAAUAUGAAGUUCCUUCUAAGGCAAAUUACACUUUACCUCUCUGGUAUUGUGCUAACGGAAAAUUGGCAGUAAUAUUUUUUAAAAAGAGGCUGUGAAUAAUUUUUUCAGCUCUUUAGUGACAUACAAGAUAACACUGACUACAUUGGGAGUUUUAAAUAACUAUUUGUUCCUCUUCUUCAAAUCAGUUCUAUUUACGCUGCUUCACUUUGAUACAGCUAAUAGGGUCCUUUAGAAGAUUGUUGGAGGAAAGAGGUGAUGACUCUCAUUUUAAUUAAUGCUGCAGCUUGUUAAUCUUGUGUGAUUUACUUUUUAGACAUCUUAAGAAAGAAAAAAUAGUUUUAGCAAAUAAAAAGAAACACUAGCAAUGAAAAGGAUAGGGGGACACUGAUUCAAAAUUUAAUUUCUAACAAAUAUUUUAUGUUGUAUAAAUGAAAGAAGAAUUUAAUGCUGUAUUUUGAAUGUGGUGAUUAGAUGGUAAGUACUGUUCUUAGCUCAUGCUUACUGGAAGCUACUUUGCAUAUGAUGCCUGGAACUAAAAUGGCAAGACAAGUGCUCUUCUUGCAGUUCAUACUAGAUCUGAAAUAAUUUUUUUAACACAAGACUGUAUUGCACCUGUGGACUGAAAUAUAUGACUGCAGAAAGAAUUUCAAUACUGUACUGGAUUCUACUUGAAUAUAUUCCAGUACAGGACUGUGGCCUUCACUUUUCCAUUUUCUCUGAUUUAAGGGGUUUUUGUCAACUUGAAAUUGAGAUGUUUCCUAAGAGCUUUAAAGGAGGUUGUAUGUUGAAACCCGACCGUGUCUUAAACUUUUGUAAACUGGAAAUCUUCAGAAAUGUAUACUCUAUUCCUGAAUAAAGUCGGUGUUUUAAUAUUGUUGACAAAUGA